AUGGACCUCCGAGAAGAUUGCCCGGCGCUGCAAGACUCGCGCACUGUAUUGAACAGCUCAGAGUUGGAAUCAAAUGUUGGCACUGACCCGAAGACUGUCUUGUAUACACUUAGACGGACAACCUGUGACGAAGGCCUUCGACAUGAAGGGAGCAUCCACAUGGCACAAGGACGCAUCUUUGGCUCAUUAGAAACUAGAGGUGCUUAUAUCGUUAACUCCAUGGACGUCGUGCGUGGAGAUCUUUCAACAUCGCACCCUAAAGCGGGUCAGAUAUUGAGACGAACCUUAGCUCAACAAGCAUUACAGCGGUGGGAUGUAAGUUGCACAAAAUAUAAUGAUACAUUAAGGUCCUAGGCUAAAAUAAUUCUUGCAGCAAAGCCCACCUCCCCCAAGUAUUCCGGGAGCAAAGGAAGAACGAGCGUUCGUGAAGAGUUACGAGGAUAUGGUUAGAAGCCUCCAGCACGUACCUGAAGAAGAGGUCGAAAACUACUUCGCUUAUAUAGAGCAUCGUCUACGCUCGGCAACCUCAAAUGAUGGUGGAAAAACCCUUGGUCCGGUAAGUCUCAGGUGCGCCACCCAGGAUAUAGUAACAGCACUGAUUGGAAUACCUACAGCUCUUAUCUGAACUGUUUCCUAGUCAAGAACGCUAUCCGAAGAUGGAAAAUCUUGCAGUAAGUUCUACCAGACCUGUAGAUAUUCAAAUUAAUGCAGACUGACAUGAACAAAUUUAAGUUACGGGAUGCACAAGCUCUUGAUCCUGAAAGAUAUGGCAAGCUCAGAACCAAAUUUAGCAUCAAGGUGGACAAUUCACAAAAUGAGGCGUGGAAGAAUCAAGUCCCAAGAGUCAACGACAUGAAUGCAAAUAGUAUUAAACCCCCGGGGCGCUGCACUCUUAGAUGGUGAUAAUGGUUCUAAAACUUCUGUUAUCGAUCAUGUGCUUAGGAUCAUAGAAUCAGGAGGACAACUUCCGAGCAAAAGAAAGAGACCUUUAGAGGGCGUAGAAGAUGCGCAGACUCUCAAUACUGAAAUAAAUGACAAACUAACCGGCAGCUCUACUAUCUACGGGAACACAAUUAAAGAUAAGAUAUUCGAGUCUGCGGAAACAGCAACGAAGGAAAACGAAGUGGAAAAAAGCGUCGUGGCGACAACGGACAAUAUAGGACCGUUCCGAUUCCUAAGUGGUAUGAAUAUAUUUGGAAGGAAGAGCAAUUAUAGCUGGAUCCCUAGAGGAUAUGGUUGUGGGAAAGACAAAUUUGGCAAAGCUAAUCGCAAUACACAAAUUUCUGACACUCCCAGUACUGGUCCUACCACUUCGAUCCCAGAUUUUACAACACCAUUUACAUUGUUUGGUGGUCCCAUGAAGAGAAGAAAACUCUCGGAUGAUGUGAAAGAUGAGGCAUUAGACGAAUCUUCCAAAACAUUGGGGACAUAA